ACCAUCACCACCGCAAUGGCCACAAAGUUGAAAGACAAUUUUGUUUUCCGGUCAAAAUGGGCGGAGCUGAAUGGUGCGAUGGGCGAUUUAGGGACAUAUAUACCAAUCGUCUUGGCGUUGACACUUGCUAGUGACCUUAACUUGGGUACUACAUUGAUUUUUACGGGUGUUUACAAUAUCGUAACAGGCCUUAUCUACGGUGUCCCGAUGCCGGUCCAACCCAUGAAAUCGAUUGCUGCAACGGCUAUUUCCGAUCCCGAUUUCGGGAUUCCAGAGACCAUGGCUGCCGGAAUUUGCACCGGUGUCGUAUUAUUUCUAUUGGGUGUCACCGGACUUAUGCGGAUUGCUUAUAGGCUCAUUCCGUUGCCGGUUGUUAGAGGAAUUCAAUUAGCACAAGGUCUAUCGUUUGCCAUGACCGCCGUUAAGUAUAUACGGAAAGUGCAAGACUUUUCAAAGUCAAAAUCGAAGGGGAAUCGGCAUUGGUUAGGACUCGAUGGAUUGGUGUUGGCAAUUAUUUGCGUUUGUUUCAUUACGAUCGUUAGUGGUGCAGGUGAUGAAGGUGAAGAUGAAGAUGAAGAUGAGAACGAUCGUGAUCGGGGAGAAGAUGGCGAUAAUAGACGAAGAGAUUGGAGAAGAAUCGUCGCGUAUCUACCGUCGGCAUUUAUCGUGUUCUUGUUAGGGGUAAUUUUGGCAUUUAUAAGAGAGCCAAAAGUGAUCAAAGGGUUCAAAUUUGGACCAUCUUCAAUACAAGUGAUGAGGAUUUCCAAAAAUGCUUGGAAACAAGGGUUUCUCAAAGGCACAAUUCCACAACUGCCCUUGUCAAUUCUUAACUCCGUUAUCGCCGUCUGCAAAUUAUCGAUCGAUCUUUUCCCGGAAAAGACGGUAACGGCGACCUCGGUUUCCGUGACCGUCGGGUUGAUGAACCUAACCGGAUGUUGGUUCGGUGCAAUGCCUUGUUGUCAUGGGGCCGGUGGGCUGGCCGGUCAAUACAAGUUCGGAGGAAGAAGUGGUGGGUGUGUGGCCCUACUCGGUGCAACCAAACUCGUAUUGGGUUUGUUAUUAGGUAGCUCAAUCGUUAAGAUUUUGAGCGUGUUUCCGGUUGGGGUUUUAGGGGUCUUGUUGUUGUUUGCGGGUAUCGAACUAGCCAUGUGUGCUAGGGAUAUGAAGUCGAAGGAGGACUCAUUUGUUGUGUUGGUUUGCACCGCGGUUUCAUUAGUUGGGUCGAGUGCGGCCUUAGGGUUUGUUACGGGUAUGGUGGUGCACCUACUCCUUAGGGUUUGGAAAUUUGGUGGUUCUGGUUCAGACACAAAUCAAUCUCUGUCUUCUUAUCACUGAAAAACUAGUGUGUAGUGAUUAUUUUUUUAAGAAAGUACGUAAUCGAGUAAAGAUAUAAUGUAAUUCAUCGGUUAACGAUUAAUGCAAUACAAUGUAAAAC